AUGCCGGCCGGCGUAUCGACAAAGGAAUACGUGAAGUUCAUGGCAGCUGCCUUUCUGGCAAUGUUUGCCGGUUCACAGGUCGUUCACAUCUACUACAAGCCUUUGAAGGAUUUGGACCACUUUGUGAAAAAAGAAAUAAUGACUCAGCACCUCCGGGAAGUGAAAAACCCGGAUACAUAAGGUAGCAAUUAUUACUACAAUAAACGUAUAUUAGACCACAUA